GCCCCCCCUCAGUAUUGUUAACGCUGCCUCCUCUUCCCCCUCCCUCUCCUCUUAGACGGGUGGCGCACUUCUCUUCCAGCCGGCAUCACUCGCAGCUCCUUCUGUCUUGCCGGUCACUGCCCCUUCCCUCAUUCGACAGCCGCCAUGGAGGAUCAGUCCCCGUUCAUAUCGUCCAGCAAUAGCGGUCUUAACCCGUAUGGGUCGCCAGACGAUGAACAGCCAGAGUUGGAUAGGAAGCGCUGGGAAGAGCUGGAUGUGCUGGAUCUGACCGGAGGAGCUGGGGGGUUUCCACCUAGCAGCCAGCCGCACCGUGUCCGGGAUCAGGAGGAAGAGGAGGAUGAGAAGCCCAGCUAUUCUGACAGCCUGGAGCCUUCACCCGAGGAAGAAGAGCCCAGCAGCAUCAGCAGCGACCAGCCCGCUGCCUCUGUAGUACCCAGCGCCCCCAUGGAGGAGGAGGAGGAAGAUGAGAGGCCCACCGUGCCCAGCAGGGGCCCCACCGGCUCUGUGGAUGAGAACCUCUUUCCUCUUACCGCUGCAUCUGCACCUCUGAUGCACUCCUCUGCAGACAAAGUACUGGACUUGCCGCAGACUUAUAGCGCUAUGUCAGCUGGCCAAGAGGAACUUGCAUCUAUGCUGCUUGAGCCUGCUACUUCCGCCCCUUCUUUGUCUCCUCUAUCUGCUGAUUCCUUUAAAGAACACAUAUCUUCUGUCGCUUUUCACGCUGAUUUAACCCCGCCGGAAGCUUUGCAAGGAUCCAUUAGUGAUACGCACGCGGUAGCAAGGUCCGUAGGUGAGCUUGGAUUCCAUGAGAAGUUAGUUGGCGUCACAGAGACCGAUCACGCGGAGGUGGCGUUCCAGAAGCAAGCAAAGGAAGACUUGAUCUUCUCCGAAAGGGGUUAUGUCGUUGAACAUCCUACGUCUCAGCAAGAGACGGCAUCUGAAGACAGCUCGCAGUACUACGCGCAGUCUGCAAAAGAAAUGUUUUCGGGAAUGCUCAAGUCUGUCGGGCCACCGAGCGAGGCGUUCUCUGAAAUCAAAGAAGCACGUGAUGAGCAGUAUGCUGACUUCAAACCGUUUGAGAGCACGCGGUCAGGUGAUGUUGGCGCUGUGAAGUUCGAUAGUAAUGUAUACAGUCUAAACUUAGAAAGUGUAAAAGAGCCAGAGAGAAAGUACGAGGAAGAUAAAUUGGAUCUGUCUGACGAUAUUACUCCAGUGACUCCGGUGUCCCCGAUUCCUGCAGAGUCCCCAGACUAUGAAAUGCUUCCUCCUCUGGACCAGAGCCCGCUGACUGAUUUAGGGGACAGUCCCAUUUUAGGAAAUAAAACGGAUGAGAAGAAGAUGGCGGAAGCUGAAGCUCGAGUAACAUCAGAUCCUAUAGCAAAUCUUGCAACCCUAAACCCGUUCUUUGAACAUGUGGGCCAGGACUAUGUCACUACUGGGGCUACCACUGAAGUUCCUCUGGUCCAAGCGACCAGCAAGCCAGAAGGGCUCACUCCUGACAUUGUACAAGAAGCAUAUGAAAGCGAAGCCCAUGAUACUGGCGUGACCAAACUUGGCUACGAGUCAAAAAUUGAUUUGGUGCAAACAGCAGCUAAAUCGGUACAGGAAAGUGUUACUCCAACAGCUCAAGCUCCUGCGCUGUUCGAAGGCACAGAGUCCGUGUCUUCACCAGUACUGCCUGAUAUAGUUAUGGAAGCGCCUUUAACAUCUGCUUCCGUUGGGUUAGAGUCCGGUGUGUUCCAACCAGAUGUUUCGCCCAUGGGAAGUGCACCUGUUAGCGAGGAGAAGAUAAAGUUUGAGUCUGAGAAGCCUCCUUCUUACGAAGAAGCUGUACGUAAAACAGUGUCACCGGAACAGGCCAAAGCUGCCCCAAGUGUGGAAGAGAAGAGGGAGUCACCAGUGGAAGUAGAGGCGCCCUACAUAUCCAUAGCUUGCGACCUAAUAAAAGAAACUAUCCCAACUGAGUCUUCUGCACCGGCUCUUUCCAAAGCGAUACACGAUGACUUUGAGUCCCAGUUUAUUCAGCAUUUUGAUGAUAGUUCACCAGAAUCUGAACCCAGUGAACCAUCGUAUAAGCACUGGGAGCCUGAGGCGCCUGCGUUUGUUUCAGGUAACGUUGGGGACUCUAUAGUAGGCAGUGUAAAGGCUCCAGAAAAUAUAUUUGAAAGUGAUUUACAGUUUAAGGAGCCUUCCGCAAAUAAAGCUUAUUUGGAAUCUUAUCAACCAGAGUCAAACAUUUUCCAAGAUUCUGCUGAUACUUUGUCUACAGGACCGAGUACAGAAGCAGUCAAAGAGAAAGAUAAGCCUUUGCAGAUGGAAGAGUUUGGAAUGGGCUUCAGUUCGGGCAAGACACCCAGUCCCAAGUAUUCACCUGGGGUGGAAUUGGCACACCUUGAAAGCUCAUUACCAGGUUCACCAGCAGAAGACCUUACACCCAAAGCUCCCUGUGGUGUGCUGGAAGAACCCAAACUGCCAGAGAAACCAAUUAUUAAAGACAUCCCCAGCUUUGAGAAAAACGAAGACCUGUAUUCAGCCCUGUCCUCGGAUCAGACUCACGACAAGAAAGAUAAGCCGCUCCAAGGCCCGGAUGAGUCGAAUGAUUUCGCUAAAGCUAUCGAUCUCACAACUAAGGAGGAUUCCUUGAAGCCUAAAGAACCUGUUGCUAAACCCCUGCCUCCCUCAAAGAAAGAAGAGCUCAGCAUUCCUUCUACACAAGAGAAAAAGGAAGUCAAAGAUCCCGAAGUAGCUGCUACUGCUACACCUGCUUUCAAGAAUUCAGCGGUUGACCUCAUUUAUUGGCGAGACAUUAAGAAGUCAGGAGUUGUGUUCGGUGCCAGCUUGUUCCUGCUGCUCUCCCUGACGGUUUUCAGCAUUGUCAGCGUGGCCGCGUACAUCGCCUUGGCCCUGCUCUCCGUUUCCAUCAGUUUUAGAAUAUACAAAGGCGUUCUUCAGGCCAUCCAGAAGUCAGACGAAGGACACCCAUUCCGAUCCUACCUGGAGUCCAGUGUUGCCGUGUCUGAAGACGUUGUCCAGAAGUACAGUAAUGUUGCCAUGAACCAUAUUAACUGCACCAUCAAGGAGCUAAGACGCCUCUUCCUUGUAGAAGAUCUGGUGGAUUCCCUGAAGUUCGCAGUGUUGAUGUGGGUGUUCACCUAUAUCGGUGCCUUGUUCAAUGGCCUGACUUUGCUGAUUUUGGCUCUGAUUUCCCUGUUCAGUGUUCCAGUUAUUUAUGAAAGACAUCAGACUCAAGUUGAUCACUACCUAGCGCUCGUCAACAAGAAUGUUAAAAAUAUCACAGAUAUGGUCGUUGCAAAGAUCCCUGGGCUGAAACGCAAAGCUGAAUAAGAAGAAACUACUAAUUGUUUGCUGCAGAUACCAAUAGGAGCCUCAGUUUUUGGGCGCUGUGUUUUCGGAUCACACGGGGUGGGUCAGGGAAAGACAAACCUUGACGUUGCAGGGCAAUUUCACAGAUCUCUCUUUUGUUUUUUUGUUUUUUGUUUUCGCGACGCAGUGUUUUGAGGAAGGAACAACCGUUUUACUGCCGUGUGUUUUCAUUCUAAGUAUUGUAAGCUGCUAUGUAUGGAUUUGAAACUAUUUCUCUGUUUCUCCUGUGUGAAGCACCAUUUAAUACAGAACAAUUUUUUUUAGCAUGCUGUAUAUUGUGCUUCAGACGUAGUCUUACUGCGCUUUCAUGGGCAUAAUGUUAGUCGCCACAUUUGCACUGUGUACGAUUGAUCAGUAAGUAGAGAUUUGAUGCAAACUUCCUGUAAGGGCCACUUCGUGCCGGGUUGGAGUUUUGGGCGCAUUGGACUUAUGCCCUUUAAACCCACCCUACACCGAAUGGGCUCACAUAACGUUAACGAAACCCCUAAGUCGUACCUUCAAGCAGCUCCAAGAGGUAUUGCUUCUGUUUGGUAUGAUGGUAACUAUAUUGUGAUUUUAUUGUUUUAUCAAUUGCCAAUAUCUAUAGUGUUUUCGGAAAGCAUAGCUAUUCAAGUGGCUCCACAGUGCUUUCAGGUUUUUUUUUUUUUUCUUGUUUUUUAGAAAAAGAAAAAUGACAUUCUAACAGCCGGCUUUAUAGCACAUACUCUUAAACACUAGUGUAUGUUAAUUAAACAAAUAUUACAGUAAAUUAACGUAUAUAGAAAUAAUUGGAAACUGCAUGUUUUUGCUCACUGGUUGGUUUUGCACAAACUUUUACAGUCACUUGAACUUUUUUCUUUGUGGACCCCAUACCAGACACCGCAGAUUUGUUUGGGUAGAAGUCCAACUCGUUGCAAGAACGUGCCGCGUAUAACAGCCGCAGUUUUAUGUGCUGAAGCAAGUCUCUGGAAUGCAUUGUGAUAUGUAAAAAAAAAAACAAAAACAAAACCCAAGUAUCAAUAAAGCUUGUAGACCUUA